AUGGCUUCCUCAUUCGCCUGCAGGGCCUGCAAACGGGCCCUGCAACACCACGCCUCCAGCUUCAGUCAGGCAACCACUCGCCGAAGCACCGCACCCGUCUCCUCAUCCCCCCUCCUCCGCCGCCGCGACUUCUCCUCCGCCCCGCGCGCCACCGCCGCCGCGCAGCAGCAGCAGCCGCCGCCCACCUUCCCCGCCGAACCCGCCGCCGCAUCGCCCAAACCCGCGCCCGAAACCGACGACGAACCAAUCCGCGCACAGCAGGCGCAGCGCGCGACGCCGGGCGACGCGUACGCCAGCGCGUCGGCGGGCGGGCCGUCGCACGCGGACAUGAGCCGGGCCAUCGCGCAGGGCUUGCGCCGGCGCGCCGGCGGCAGCACCGAGACGUACGUCGCGUACGGCGGGACGGAGAUGCUGUUCCGCGCGUGCGCGCGGCAGGCCGAGUACCGCGUCGACAAGGACGCCGAGGGCGAGGCGCCCAAGACGGCGAAGGGGGAGGAUUUGGGUGUGGGUGUGGGCGGGAGUUGGUGGUAUGAAGGAUUGGGUCUUACGCCGACUUUCAACACUUGGGCGCAGAUAACGUUCCUCCACAUGUAUGCGUUGACGACGCGGAUCAGGCAGUUCCCGAAGGAGCACGCGCCGGCGUGGCAUCAGCACCUGCUCGAUCACUUCUUCUACGAGGCGGAGAACAAGAUGGUCAUACAUCACAACAUGCAGGCGCGAGGCAUCCGCAACAGGUACUUGCAGGACCUGUUCAUCCAGUGGCGCGGCGUCAUGGCGGCGUAUGACGAGGCUCUGGUGAAGGGAGACGCCAUGAUGGCGGCGGCGCUAUGGAGGAAUAUCUGGAAAGCGGACGAGAUCAACCCUUCUGGACUCGCUACUGUGGUGAGCUACCUGCGGAGGGAGAUCCAGAGGCUGGAGAACAUCAGCGACGAGGACUUCACUUCUGGCCAGGUGAGCUUUGGCGGCCCCGAGCUGGAAGAAGCGCUCGUGGCGAAAGAGAGCCCUAAGAUGUCGGAGCCGUUUACGUCUACGGAGGUGGAACACAAGGAGGAGCCGAAGAACUGA